AUGGUCUUGACAGUACAAUUCUCGGUAUACAGCAAUAGAAAUGGAUCUGCAAGCGUCUUUGCUGACACAGGUUGUUUCGGAAUGGCGGGUCUUGGAAAACAAAAUCAUGCAACAAGUGCUCAAUCCCAGUCUCUGUUUCGCGUUGCACAUGAAAUGAGUUUAAUAUCGGGCUUGAAAAAGAACCUUGGACGUGCGGGAACAUCGCUCAUGCAACGCACUGGAAUAGUUGACCGUACGGUGGAUGAAGAAUUCAAAAUCGAAUAUGGCCAAUAUAAAGCGCUGGAAAAAAAGAUCCUCAGGCUGAACAAGGAAGCCCGAUACAAGAUGUCUUCGAUGCGUGACAUUUCGGUAGCCAAGCGACGUAUUGCAGAGACGUUAAGCGAAUUCGAACAACAAUCACCAUCAUCAUCACCGGAGGGGAUUAUGACAGCUUACAUGCACGUAUUGAUAUGGUUGGAUGAAGAAGCCCGGCUUGCUUUGGAUGCCGAAUUUCGAAAGACGAUAUUGGAACCACUCGAGAGGAUGUGUAUGUACUUUCCAGCAGUACAAGAAGCUGUCAAACAUCGACAAAAGCUUGCAUUGGAUUAUGAUGCACAACGAGCCAAGGUGCGAAAGAUGAUUGAUAAAUCAAGCCCCGUGAGCGAUGGUGGUAACCAUGCACUACCGACAAUGGAGGAGCAGGCUCAUCAUGCACGAGAAAUGUACGAAGAACUCAACCUUAUCCUUGUGCAGGAUCUUGCACGGCUUGUGGAGUUGAGGGUGCCCUAUUUGGAUCCAUCGUUCGAUGCUCUUGUUAAAUCAGAAUCCAAUUAUGCACAAGCUGGAUACGACGCACUCCAAACACUCGAGGUACCCGAGCCAGAAGAUGUGAAUGGGCUGUUGCAGGAAAUGCGAGAACUUUCAAUUUGUGGGAACCUAUAA